GCGAUGUUAUUGUUGAAAUGUAGGAUGUUCAAUAAAUAAAAGAAAAUGUGUGAAGAACAUCAAGAAGAUCUUGGUAUAAACCAAGAAGAAGAAUAUUCUUAUUUACGAGAAGAAUUAUUAACCUAUGUAACUGAAGCAGAAAAGAGUUUGGCAACCAAGUCAUUGAUAUUAAAAAGGAACAACAAUGCUUCCUCUGAACGUCCGAGUACUUCAGAACUGGGCAAGCGAGAUCCUAGUAUCAAGAAAAAUUCUACUUUCAUAAAAAAAGUGCGCAACAUGGCAGCUGCUCAGAUGGAGUUGUUGAUUAAGGAGUGUGCAACUCUUAACCUAACAAAGUACUUGAGUGAAGUGGCCGUUGCAAUUGUAGAAGCCAGGAUAAAGUUUACAGAUAUCCCUUCAGCUGUGCUGCUCUGCACUGAACUCAAUUGUACAUACGCUGAGUUCUCUUCAUUCUUGCAAGAGGAAUAUAUCAAAGUAUUGACAAUCAAUAAGGAUGAACCAGUUGCCAACACUAACAAGCUACGUGUAGAGGUAUGUUUCUACGCAGAACUAAGUCUGUGUGGAGUGAUCUCUGCGCGACAGUCAUUGCCUGUGUUGGGGACUGCUCUUACAGUUCUGACUGCGGACAAGACAUUCAACACACUCAGUUUGAUACUCAGUUUCUGUAAACACUGCGGCGCAGACUUUGCUGGGUUGGUGCCCAGACAGAUCAGGAUGUUGAGUGAACAGUUUGGUGUGUCGGUCAAGAGCAGCAACCUGAUGGUAGGCUCUAGACAGGAUAGUGUGAGGAACCUGCUGAAGGAUUACUACAUAUCUUUGUGCCAACAUCUGACCAACGAAAUGAAGAAACUAAAUGCUUAUGAGUCUCAGAACAAGCAUAUUCUGAUGGCGAAGGGGGAGCUGCGACCUGAUAGGGUGACAAAUGUAGAGGUCAUGAGGACAGAAAUAAACAAUCUACUCAGUGGAGCAAUGACUUUAUCUGAAUUGUUGGACGAAGAAAUGCCAGAUCUUCCAGACACAGAUCUGGCAGACUUAGUGUUGGGAGAUGGAGAAGAAUGUAGUGGACGACAAGUGUGGGAAGAUGAAGAUCUACGACGCUUCUACACUCAACUGCCUGAUGUGCAGGAAUAUCUUCAACAGAUCAACAAGCAGACUGAUCAAACCGAUAUCCCAAGCCCAAGCCAAUUGAACGAAUUGCUCAAAGCUGAUGAUGCAGAAAAUCAAAACAAGAAGACGGGCUUUGACACAUUUCUAAAACUACUCCCUGAAUGUCAGACCAAAGACAUGAUUGACAAUGCUGCUUUGGAAUUUCUCCUAUAUUUUAAUUCAAAACCUAGUCGCAAGAAACUUAUCAUCACUUUGUUCACGGUACCCAGAACCAAGACUCAGUUGCUGCCGUUGUAUGCCAGGUUUAUUGCCAUCCUUCACCCAGUAGUACCAGAAGUUGCCACUACACUAAGCCAACAACUGAAGUCUGAAAUGUUGCGGCACAUACAUAAAAAGGACCAAGUGAAUCUCGAGUCCAAGAAGAAGACGGUCAAGUUUAUUGGUGAACUGGUCAACUUUAACCUGUAUCCCAAGAAGGACGCACUACGGGCACUCAAGUUGUUACUGUACGACUUCACACACCACAACGUAGAGAUGGUCUGUUGUCUGUUGGACACUUGUGGUUGUGUGUUGUAUGCUGCUUCAGACUCCCAUCUUCCCACUAAGUAUUAUCUGGAUUUGGUCCAGCCUGAUUCGGAGAUAAAAAUCAUGAAUUGUUUAAGACAGUUGGACUGGAAUGACCCAGAGAUAGCCUCUUUUACAAUUUCUUGUCUGACAAAUGCUUCCAAGUUGUGCUACAACAGAAUCAGAGGGUUGGCUCUUACAGUUUGUGCGCUGAUUGACUAUCAGGAAGAUGCUGUGUGCAGAGUGAUUGAUGGUGUGCUGGAAGAUAUAAGACUUGGAAUGGAGGUGAACGAUGCGUCAUUGAACCAAAGACGUGUAGCAAUGAUCAAAUACCUUGGGGAGCUUUACAACUAUAGGAUGCUGGAUACCUCAGAUAUCCUCAGAACAUUGUACUCGUUGAUAUCCUUCGGAGUGUCACAGUCAGCUGAUGUGUCCUCACCAGUCGAUCCUCCCACCAGUGUGAUGAGGAUACAUCUUGUAUUGUUACUGCUCAACAGCUGUGCUUUACCAUUGGACAACGAUGAAACCGCCAAGAAAUUGGAUUACUUCAUUACCUAUUUUCAGCGUUACUACUGGAUCAAAAAGUCAAACCACAUUUGGAACGAUGAACAACCGUUUCCUAAAGACAUAGUCUUCCAGUAUGAAGAUACCUUGAAUAGUUUGUCACCUGACAUGAAACCAGCGACGGACCUUGUGACGGCCAUUAAUGCCGUUAACAAUAUCAACAGCAAGAUGUAUUCUAAGGCUGCCACUGAUAAUCCUAAUUUGGACUCACUUCUUUGUACUGUGUUUGAAGAUAAUGAAUCAAGUGACACGGAUUCCGAUGAAGAUAAAAGUGAAAAGCCUGCUUCCAAGGAAGUUCAUCAACAAUCACAGAAAGUGGAAGAUGCAGACGAUGUUUUCAUGCAAGAGCUAAGCAAGCUCAUAUCAGACAGCGUAAGGGAAGGGGAUACAAAGGUCAAACCUAAUGCAGACAUUGCAGUACCUCUUAAUUACAGACGAGCAUUGGAAGACGAAAAAUCCCAAUUUGUUCUUCUUUACAAGAAAGGGAACAAGCAAACUUUCAAGACAUUGACUUUGCCAUCAGACCACGAACUUCUAGUUAACCUCAAGUUCCGUGAAGAGGUUUCCAAAAGAGAAAAACAAACAGUGAAGAAGCUUACUUUGGAUAUAAACGAACGUCUUCAAGAUGAAACUUAGUUCAGAAGAACCCAGACUUCCAAACUUAUUUAUGCGCAUAAUCCUAUAUCACCAGUGUGGUGCCUUUGUUUUAAUGAUGAUUCUAUUGUUGUCUAUUAUUUUAGACAUGAACUUUGUUGUAUUAUUGUUAUACAAAUUUAGAUAUUACUUAUGUUUUAUGCUCAAUUAACAUUCCAAAGAAAUUUAGUCACAAGCAUAAAUUAUGUUAGUCUAAAAUAUGAUAUUUAGUCUAAAUAUGUUUUAUAGUUUGUUUAGAGAAUCGGUUGUGAUUUUUUAAAAGUA